AAUAUUACUUAUAGAUUAUGAAAAGAAAUAGAUAAUUUUUAGAUAAGAUCUUGUAAUAUUGCAUACAGUUACAUCCAUACAGAAGAGAUGUAUAUUCUUGGGUAUGAGUAUGUGUGUGCAAUAGAAAGAUAGGUGAAAUAGAUACGCAUAUAUAAAAUUAUCAAAAUAAAAUAUUAGAAAAUAAUUGCUUUGCUGUUAAUUGAUGGUUGCGUGAAUCUAUCCAGAGAAAUAAGGAGAGGGAAUACUAUGUCUAAUUUCUUCUUUGAAAUGGGUUGGAUCUGAAAGACCAAAUAAACAAAAAUGUAUAUUCCUUUCUCAAGCAAAAUAAGUAAUUUCAGUGGAUAGGUUCUAAGGGUAGAAACAGAAUUCCUGAACUGUCCUAUCACCCACCCUUAUGCGAUUUUGCUGCAUUGGACCACUACUAUUGUGUUCGUGGCAUGUACCACUGCGGUAGUGUGUACGCCUUCAAAAACCUUAAUGCGCCUGUGCGAGUAUACGCCCCUUCUUUUUCUUUCUUUCUUUCUUUCUUCCUUCUUGUAUGUCUGUGUAUAUACACACAUAUAGAUAUGUAAAUACACAUGUUUCACAUGUAUACAUAUACAAAUACAUGAAUUUAAUAACAUCUAUAUGCCUGACUCCGUUAAAUAUGUUUCUUACGACCCGAUUAUAUACUUGUUUUUUUCCCCUGAUGUCUUGAAACUGGAGCAUUUAAUGUUUUAAUUUCAUAGCGAAUUUCCGGGAGGGAAAUCGCGGGAGAAUAUUCUUCCCCACCCCAGUCCGAUUAAGCUAAGGAGAACCACUUUUGCUUUAAACGAAACAAAACAUAAUUUCAGAACAAGUGCUUCUAUGCCUUCCUCCCUCUUUCCUCCCGCAUUUCCAUACUACAGGUAUGAGACAGUGGUGGAUCCCUACAGCGAAGAAGGGUCGAAAGCUUGGGAGGGUUUGUGCAGAGAGGUGGCUUCGCAAGGAGGUUCUUUUAACCUUUAAUGAAGGAGGGGUUGUUUAAGGCCCCCUGCCGAGAUGUGGAUCCCCCCCCCCAAUCUUCGUAUAUUCUUUCUUCUACUCUCCCUCUUUUUUUAAAGAAAAGAUGGCGGCUGAGAAAAAGACUGCUGUUAAAGCAGUCAUGAAGAAAUGCAAUAAAUUCCUUGUUGUUUUAUGAAAAUUUACAACUUUGUGAUAGAACUUUAUGAGUGGCUGGGUUCUGCGAUUGGCCAGAGCUGGUCAUGUGGACUGCUAACCGUGAACAUGAACUUUUUAUGAUUUCCCAUGUGGUUAUUCUACCAUUCUUUUGGCCGCUGUACCUUGGGUCGGAUCACUGUCCUCUGUAGGACUGUCGUCUCUUUUAACAUUUUUUUUUUGCUUUCAUGUAUAAGCUCAAUAGGGCUAAAAAUAGAGGAGGAGCAGGGGAAGCGCCCGCACAAACACACGCGCACACACACAGUUUCUCUCUCAUGCACACACACACAAACACUUUCGCAGAUGCACGCAUAACUGGGACUAAGCUUAAAUAGCUAAUAUUAUUGAUCCCAUCUACCCUUCCUUUUCCAAUUCUCUCUGUACUGACUCGGGUUCUCUCUCUAAUGAUGGAGGGGGAAAUGGAGAAUCGGUACCGGAUGGAGGCUUUGGUCAUUUUUCAAAGAGGGAAGUUACUCCAUUUUCUGUACAAAACGACGCGGCAAAGGAAAAAAGCUAUCAGAAGUCGCAAUGGACGGCUAUCAGGUUGGGACAAUAUUUGUCAGCUUACAUAUAAAAGCAAACGCAAUUCAAUCUCCCCCCCUCCUCUUUCGCCUCCUCCUCUUCAUCCUCCUCCUCCUCCUCCCAAUCCAGAGAAGGAUGGGCAUCAAAAGGAAGAACGAUUUAUCGAGACUUGCUUGUCAGCGAGCGAAUCCACUCAUUUUAAGAAGUUCUGUACAGCAGCCAGUUCGAUUUAGAUCCUUUUCUCCAGGGUGUUCUGUGUGGACGGAGAAAGAGACAGGCUGUUCUCUUUCGAGCCUAGAGGAGCCUGUUCAGUUCGGCCAGGAACAAGCCCGGAAGUCAGAAUGCUCACAGAGCAAGCACGUUUUCGGGGACAACGAGGAUCAAAAGUGCUCCACGCCAGUGUACCCUUGGAUGCAGAGAAUGAAUUCCUGCAAUAGUACCUCCUUUGGGCCGAGUGGCAGACGAGGCCGGCAGACUUAUACGCGCUACCAGACUCUGGAGCUGGAGAAAGAAUUCCAUUUUAACCGUUACCUGACCAGGCGCCGACGCAUCGAGAUCGCUCACGCCCUAUGUCUGACGGAGCGCCAGAUAAAAAUCUGGUUUCAGAACCGAAGGAUGAAAUGGAAAAAGGAGAACAAGCUCCUUAACUCCACUCAGCUGAGCGCCGAAGAAGAAGAGGAGAAACCAACGGAAUGAAAAAGCAGAACCCAGAACCUGGGAGAGAAAGAGAGAAUGAGAGCCGGAAUAAAUGCAGAGUGAAUGAAUGAAUGAUGAAUGAGAAAGCAGAAUGUCAACAAUUGGGCAACUCCUCCCACCCAAAAGGCACAACUGAGACAAACAUUUUUGUAAAAAUAUCUGAGACUGUUAUGGUGGUGUUGUCCUUUUACACCCUCACUUGCAUUGAAUUAUUGAAUUUAUCAUAUCAUAACCAUGUUUCUAGUCCAAUUUAUUUUCCCACCCUCUUUAUUGCCCCUUCUCUUUGCCACAGUUGGGAUUGUGGUUGUGUUUUGUUUUGUUUGAUUUACCUUUGGGUGUCCUCCUUAAGAUUCUUGUUAACCCUUGUAUUUAAGUGGAGGUGCUGCAAUAUAUGUGUCAGGUUUGGGGCUAUUUGAUUGUCUUUAUUUUGUAAAACAGAAGUGUCAUGCACGAUUUACUUAUUGUUUGCUUUUUUAUAUAAAAUUAAGUUAAUCAAGCCCUGGGUUCUCUGUCAUUUAAGGGUUAUUGUUUUAAGCAAAAUUAUAUUAAAAAGGAACAAUUGCAACCUAAAAA